AUGUUCGUCAAGCACGCUUGGCUGACGUUCUAUUACGGCCUCGCGCGGACUCGGUGGCAGACCUACUUUAUCCACUUCAUGCAGUUCGUCGCCGCCGGUUUCGGGAUCAGCUCUGUUAUCGUGAUAUUGGCGCAGUGUAUCCCUCUUAGCCACGUCUGGCACGCCGGCGUGACCCCUGCGGACGAAGUCCCGGCAAAGUGCAUCAACCUGGCUGCUUUCCUCUACGCAAACGCGAUCAUCAUGAUUGUGAACGAUGUGAUCAUGUAUCUCAUACCGAUGGUACUUCUUCGCAACGUUGACAUGGUGCGGCCUCAUCGAUGGGGGGUAUAUGCUCUAUUCGCCGUCGGUGGACUUGUCGUCGUGGCAAGCAUCAUGCGCCUUGUCGCCCUGGUCCACCUGAACAAAGGCAGCGAUGUCUCAGAAAACUGCGCAUUGGUUCUUCUCUGGGCCGGGGUUGAAAACCACAUCGGCAUCUGCGCAGCCUGUGCAGGCGCCAUCAAGCAGAAGUCCAUCGCCGCCGUCAAGCGAGCUAAAACGUCCUACAGCGGGAUCAGAUCCAAAUCACACAGGUCGUCGUCGGCGCUGAUCUCCACCCUCCCUCGCACGCAGAGCACCGAGGAGCGUGCUCUGUACGAGCGUGCCGAUAGCUUGCCAAACCCUCUCUCGAGCCACGAUAGCAAAAGCCCCGAGACUCUCUUCGAGCUGCAUGAAGUGCCUCACUCGCCCUCCAAAUCCGUCGAGUACCAACUCUCACCAUCGCAACGGUUUGAUGUUUGA